AAACGGGGAUUUCCUUUGAUACCCAGAGCACAGCAGUGAUUGUGUAACUUCCAGAGAGCUGCAGACCAGACAUUGAGAGAGAGGAAGGACAUUUGGAAGACGACAACACCCAGAAAACUAGCAGACCAUCAGAAUGUCAGACGAUCAGCCCUCUUCGCCCUCCAGCAGCUCCUUGUGCCCAGGCUGCCAGCGUGAAGGGUCUCUCCUGCUGCCCUGCGGACACCGUCUGUGCCAGGCUUGCCUUCAGCUGUGCCAGCAGGAGCUCGGGCAGGACCAGGCGGGCUGUACGGAGUGCUACGGUCGUGAGCUGCUGGACAGUGUGCUGAAGGGGCUGCUCGACUCGCUGUUCGAGGGGCAGCCGCGCCGGGUGGGGAACGCCAAGGAGGGCACAGAGACGGCAGAGGAUGGAGAUUUGUGCCGACAUCACAGGGACAGACUGACUCAGUACUGUAUAGAGGACGAGGAACUGAUCUGUGAUCAGUGUCAGGGCGAGGAACAUGAAGAUCACAAGUGCAGCUCCAUUGAAGAGGCCACACAAGAGUGUAAGAAGGAGUUGAGAGCAGCUCUUAGACCUCUUCAGGAGAAACUGGAGACAUUAAACACAGCCAAGCAAACCUGCCAGGAAACUUCAGAACACAUCAGGAGACAGACACAAAACACAGUGCGUCUGAUAAAGGAGAACUUUGAAAAGCUUCAUCAGUUCCUGCAAGAUGAGGAGAUCUCCAUGCUGAGAGCUCUGAGUGAGGAAGAGGAGCAGAAGAGCCAGAAGAUGAAGGACAAGAUGGACAGACUAACGGAUGAGAUAAUGACAUUAAGAGAAGCCAUUAGUUCAUCAGAAGAGGCCAUGAGCGCUGAUGAUAUGGCAUUCUUGAAGAACUACAAGAAGACAUCAGAACGGAUGGACUGCACUGUGCCGGAUCCAGGGGAAAUCUCAGGAACUUUAAUUGAUGUGGCCAAACACGUCGGCUCACUCACGUUCAGAGUGUGGGAGAAGAUGCAGAGCGAUCUCACAUACACUCCCGUGAUUCUUGAUCCCAACACCGCAGACAUCUGCGUCAUUCUGUCAGACGACCUGACCACCAUCCGCUACAGCGAAGAAGACCAACAGGUCCCGGACAACCCUGAACGCUUCUGCUUCUACGAGUGUGUCCUGGGCUCGGAGGGUUUCAGCUCUGGUCGCCACAGCUGGGACGUGGAGGUGGGAGACUGCAGCGAAUGGGCACUGGGAGUGGUGAAAGAGAGCGUGCAGCGGAAAGAGUGGUUUCCCCCGAGCCCUGACCGUGGCAUGUGGAUCAUCUGCCUGUACGGAGGAGAGUAUCGCGCGCGGACGGCCACCAACACUCCUCUGACGCUCAAGAAGAAACCUCAGAAGAUACGAGUUCAGCUCGACUGGGAGGGUGGCAGAGUGAUGUUCUCGGAUGUCAGUGACAACUCGCUGCUGUACAAGUAUAAGCACAAGUUUACGGAAAAGAUGUUCCCGUAUUUCUCCAAUACAUGUAAAAGACGUCCACUGCAUAUUUUAGCAGAGAAGGUGUCUGUGUACACGGAAUAACUCAAGACACUCAUCAUUAUGAGGACUAUACACUACCGAUCAAAAGUUCUAGAUCGGUACGAUUUUUCUAUGUUUUUGAAUAAUGCUCUUAUGCUCACCAAGGUUUGAUCCAAAAUACAGCAAAAACAGUUAUAUUGUGAAAUAUUUUUAAAAUUUAAAAUAGCUGUUUUCUAUUUGAAUAUUCUAAUCUAUCUAUAAAUUACAAGAAUGUCUGUCUGUCCCUCUGUCUGUCUGUUAAUCGCAUAUCUCUCGAACCGUUAGUCUGAAGGAUUUCAAACUUGACAGGUGUCUUGCUACGGGCACGAGUAAGUGCAGUGCCGAGUUUGACGUUGUUUGGAUUAGAAAUGCAAAAGAUAUUGUUAAAUAUAUCGGUAAAAGAAGCACACAUUGAAGUUGUGGUUUAAAAAUAAACAUUGUCAGCUAAACAUUAAGUCAGCAACACUGUUUACUUCUGAAUAUUGUAGUUAUUCAGAAGUAGUUAGUUGUCAGUAGUUGGUUAUAUAUGUAGUUCAAUUU